AUGCCGACAGCAGUGGUUACCGGCGCCAACAGUGGCAUUGGACACGCUUUUGCUCAACUCCUCAUUCAAGAGGGCUAUGAAGUUCAUGCUGCCGAUGUGGCCGUAGGAGAGCGGCUGCAAUCACUGCAAUGCCGUCUACACCGCCUCGACGUCCGCUCCCCCGAAUCAAUAUCCGGCUUCGCCCAACAACUCGCCAGCAAACCCAUCGACAUCCUCCUCAACGUUGCAGGAAUCAUGGCCCCAGGCGAAGCCGACACCCUCGGGCACGUCACGAAAGAAACCCUCACCUCCGUCUUCGAAACCAACACCUUCGGACCCCUCCUCCUCACGCAGUCCCUCCUCGAGAACCUCCUCGCGUCCGCCGCCCCCCGCGUCGGCAUCGUCAGCAGCAGAGUCGGGAGUAUAGGCGAUAAUAGCACGGGUGGGAGCUAUGCGUACCGCGCGUCGAAGGCGGCGGUGAAUUCGGUUGGGAAGAGUCUGGCGGUGGAUUUGAGGGAGAAGGGGGUUGUGGUUACGUUGUUGCAUCCGGGGAUUACGAGGACGGGCAUGGUGCCGGGGGCGGAGCAGGUCGCGGAGAGCGUGGAGCCGGAGGAGGCGGCGGGGAAGUUGUGGUCAGUCUUUAUGGCGCAUGGGUUGGAGGAGACGGGCAAGUUUUGGCAUCGGGAGGGGUAUGAGUUGCCUUGGUGA